GCCGUCAAGGGAGGAAGUGUCGCAAAGGCUGACAGGAAACUCGGCCGCGGGUUACGGCAGCGGCGGCCGCGCUUGGCGGCGGCUGGAUGAGCGGCGAGUGGGAGCCGCGGCGCUGAGGGGAGCGGCGGAUAUGGCCGAGGUACCGCCGGGGCCUAGCAGCGUCCUCUCCCCGCAGGGGGACACGCUCUCCCCCUUCCCCGGAGGAGGAGGAGGAGGGGGGGCUGCUUCCUCCUCCUCCUCCUCCUCUUCUUCCACCUCCGCCGCUGCCGCCGCCUGCGCCGGGGCCCAGGACGAGGAGGCCGAAGAGGAGGAGGAAGAGGAGGGACCCGCGGGCGGACGGGAGCAGCAGCGAGGAGGAGGAGGAGGCAGCGACGGCGGCAAGGGGGGGCCGCAGCAGCAGCAGCAGCACCGCCUCCACCACCACCACCACCACCCCCCGCACCACAACCACCAGCUCAACGGCCUCAUCAGCCCCGAGCUGCGGCACCUGCGGGCCUCCCUCAAGAGCAAGAUCCUGGGCUCGGAGGCAGGGGCAGCCCCCGAGGGGCAGGAGAACAAGCGAGCCAGCAAAACAAUGGGCUCCGGACAGCAGCAGCAGCAGGCAUCGCCUCCGGCCGCAGCACCGUGCUCGUCCCCCCUUAGCAACCACCUCCCUCCCCAGGGAAGGACUGCACCCUCUCCUCCUCCUUCUCCCCCAGCAGCAGCAGCACCAGGGGACAGGAGCCAGCCUGCUGCCACAACUCCGACUGCUGCUAAGACUGCAGCCCGCAAUGGACUGGCAGGAGGGACUGGCUUGGAGGAGGAAGAGCAGGAGGAGGGGGAUGAAGGAGGGGAGGAGGAGGAGUCCCUGCUGCUACUCUCUAGGUCCUUAGCAGCAGCCUGCAGUUUGAAAGGCUCGGGAACGGACUCUCAGCCCGAGGAGGACCUAACGAUACGAUACGUCCGAUACGAGUCAGAGCUGCAGAUGCCCGAUAUCAUGAGACUGAUCACCAAAGAUCUGUCCGAACCCUACUCCAUUUACACGUAUAGGUAUUUUAUCCACAACUGGCCGCAGCUUUGCUUUUUGGCCAUGGUAGGGGAAGAGUGUGUAGGUGCCAUCGUCUGCAAGCUGGAUAUGCACAAAAAGAUGUUCCGCAGAGGUUAUAUAGCCAUGUUAGCAGUGGAUUCCAAAUACAGAAGAAAAGGAAUUGGUACAAACUUGGUUAAGAAAGCUAUUUAUGCUAUGGUUGAAGGAGAUUGUGAUGAGGUUGUAUUGGAAACAGAAAUCACAAAUAAGUCUGCUUUGAAACUUUAUGAAAACCUUGGUUUUGUGCGAGACAAGAGGCUGUUCAGAUACUAUUUAAAUGGAGUUGAUGCACUGCGUCUUAAACUAUGGCUGCGUUAAAAGAAACCAUCACAUCAAGCAACUGACGUCCCAACAGCGCAGAGUUGUCCUUUGCAUGCAAUGCAAUUUGUACAAAAUUGCUUUGCAGGUGGACUUAGUAAUUCCCAUGCAGCUCUUAUCUGUCAGUGUCUCAUUUGAGUGUCGCACAUAUUUGUUGCACUUUGGCAUGGCGCAUUUGUUCAGAAUUAAAGCCGAUUGUUUCAAACUUCGAGUUCUUUUGGUACCAGCAAGAUGUGCCAGUUGAUAGCCAAGAUAUGUUCGUUCAUUUGCAAGUCUACUGACUGUAUUACAUACACAGUGAACAUUUUAUCAAAGAACCUGUAUGUGGAACACGACUUUUGGUUCCAGCAAAAAGCCAAUGUAGAUUGUAAAAUUCUAUAAGUAUACUAACAUUUCAUACAAAAAUUGCCAUAGUUUUCUGGAAAAAGGCUUCAAUUUUAGGUUUUAUUUUUCAAUAUUGAAUUUUCCAUUCUUAAAUAUUGGUACCUCAGUGAUUAGUGAAUGAAAAAAUGUAUUGUAGGGUGGGGUGUGUGUUACAAUGAGUAACAGUAACAAUUAAAUUGCGUCUGCCAGUGCCUGUAUAGAUAAGUAUAUUUGUCUUCACCUCUAAGUUUGGAGUGCAUGCUUUUAUUCUUUUACUUUCUUCAAUUGUCUUUGCAAGAAAAAUUCUGCUUUUAUUUAAAUUCUGGAUUUGAUAAUAAAUUAUUUCAGAUUUUUAUAAUUUGGAUACUUCUCCCAAACAAGGGUUUGGAAGGCCCUUCUUUUCUUAUAGCAAGAAGUGUAAGCUAUUUUGAAAACCUUGAGUAGCUGCUAAAACAGAACCUGAUGUUGCCAGUAAAUCUCUGCUGGUUUUGGAUGCACUUUUUUCUUUAAAAGAGUGAGGGACUUUUAAAAGAAGAUAUAGAAAAUUAAUGUAAAUUGGUAUGAUUUUAUUUAAUCAAAAUUAUCGCUAGAAGCUCUGAAAAACAUCUAUUUUAAAAUAGUUGGAACAAUUUUUUUUUUAUCCAGAUUCAGUUUGCUUUGCUUCAGUGUUCUAAAAUGCUUCAAUCUUUGGUUCUUGGUCUUGGAAAUAAAUUUCAAGGUGUAUUGUAUCCAUUUUUAGCUGCUCUCAUUUUCUCUAAACUUACAUGAGCUAAAUUAUUGGGGGAUUUUUUUUCCUUCCAAAAUCAAAGCAGUGGGGAAGAGAUUUCUCUUUUUCUAUCCCCCCCCCUCCACUCCUCCCUCUCCCAUCCCCUCUCUCUCUCUGGCUUUACAUAGGUUUUACCAAUACCCAUCAAUUUGUUCAGUAAUUACAAUGUCUAGGCUUUCUUGUUCAGCGUGAUUAUAUAGCCCAGUUCUAUGAAUCAGUUGGGGUUUUUUUGUUUUGUUUUCUGUUUAUUUGUUUUUUUUGUGGGUUGGUUUUUUCCACUUUGAAAAAAGGUAUUAGUUGGCUUGUGGAAGAACCUAUGUAAUCUGUGGAAAAAAGGAUGAGCUCAGUGAACCCGCUCUUCUGCAAUUGAGCGUACUCUUCAGAUUUGCCUUACUACAUUUCUUUUUUUAAAGAGUUUUGUUUGAAUCAUGGUCACUUUGCUAAUUACUGUACUAUUAAAAACAAAAACAAUAAAACCCCUACCUCCAGUACCAUUUGGAAAAGAUCCCUGUGCAGGAAAACUGGAUUUAAAGGAAAGCCUUAUUUUGCAUAGACCAAUUGCACAUGGUGAUGGGCGUUUCUUACCAUGUACAAAUUAUGAGUUGUAUUUGAAAAUAAAGACUUUUAAUGGAAGUUGCCCCUUCUGAGUUUUCCGCUCGUAGAUGCUAUUUGUGUUUUUGAGGGGGCUUUUUCCCCUCAAUAAAGAAAACUCAUGUUUAAAAUGGUGCCUGAAUCAAAGCGUUAUAAACUGGAGUGUCUUACAUGCUGGAGUUCAGAGUAAAGCCUUCUGUUUGCAUUUGCCUGAUCCCUCAGGUUUGCCAGCUGUUCUGAGCACUUCUUCACGAGGUUUCAGACAUAGUUAAGACUUUAAUUGUUGGGAAUGCUAAAUCAAUAGAAACAGACUUCUCUCAACCGUCUUCCAGUUGUCUGGGAAAUAGUGGCUGCUCUGGCUUGCUUGAACUGAGGAGACAGAUAAGAGAAGCUUCAUGCCUUGUUAGCAGCUGCUGGGCUUGUAUCACAAACUGCAAACCAGGCUAUCUUGUGUGUCUGCUGAUGUUUAAAAACCGAAAAGCCAGACAGGCAAGUUUCCUAUAGGUUAAUAUUUAAGCUGUGGGUGUCUUGAGAUUGAAAAGCAGGCUUGAAAGUUAGCUUAAAUCACUUUUUGGGAAGGCACUGCCAAAAAAACUUGACGUCUGAGCAAACUUCAAAUACAAUUCUGUUUGUGUGUUGUAAGAAGUCAUUCUCGCCAUGCCGUUUUUGAAAAUGCUGCGCAAAAUAGGUGCACGUUUCUUUUCAAAGAGCAUAUUGCCUGAAAGGUUCUGGUAUUGCUGCUGUGUAACACGCAGUUCACUACAGAAGAUACUGAAGCUGUAUGCGUUGGUUUAUAUUAAAAGGAACAGGUUUAUUCUCUGUGUUGCUUGAAAUUGGUUAUCAAGUGGGAAGUUAUGAAUUGCAAAGAGAUGGAAAUGGGUUUUCAAAACAAAUCUAGCAAUGAAAAGUUGUUUAUUUCUCACGUCUAUUGCUAAAACAGUCUUCUUCCCCCUCACCUUUUGCAUUGACAAAUCUUACUAAAGAGUUGAUCAUUUGUGUUUGACUUUGCCCAAAUAUUGCUAUUGGCUGACAUGUCAGUAUGGAUGUUUGCUUUAUAUUGUUGUUUUUAUUUUUCUUGUUGUUUUUAUUCUUUUUUGUUUUUAUUUUUUUAAGAAAAUGAUCAGGUUCAUCACCUUUAAGAAAAGCAGGCAUAGUCUAAUUGGCAUUGCAUAGUACACCACAAACUUUUUCAGGGCACCAGAAGACAUUGCUAAAACCGAGUGCUAUGUUUGAAAAAGAAAACAAAACUUUCAGGUCUUGUAUAACCAUUACAACCUAUAUUGGAGUUCAGGUAUCAAUGGGCAUCUAUGGAAAUAUCAAGUGUAUCUCAAAAUACUGGACUGCUGUUUUGAGUGGAUUAUAUUCUUCUGUCCCUUUAUCCUUUUUGAUGAGAACAAAAACAGUGGGGUUAUGAAAUGUACAAGCUGUCUAAAUACAAUGCAGUCAAAUAAA